GAGGCUCGGGGCUCGCUGCUGUUGGCUGCUGUUGGCCGCUGCUCGCCGAGGGCGUCUCGGGCGGCGACGAGGAGGUGCCGGGGCGAAGGACGCAGACUGCGCGGGACAGAGAAAGGAAGCUUUCCGCCCGGGCAGCCGGAGCCGCAAAGGAUGAAACGAGGAGGAAGAGAUAGUGACCAGGACUCACCUGAGGAAGGCACUGCUGAGAAGCCUAAGAAACCAAGGACAACACAUGAGUGCUCGCAGCCUUGUGACUGGGGUAACCUUCUUCAGGACAUUGUCCUCCACGUUUUUAAGUAUUUGCCUCUUCUUGACCGGGCUCAUGCUUCUCAAGUGUGCCGGAAUUGGAAUCAGGUAUUUCACAUGCCUGACUUGUGGCGAUGUUUUGAAUUUGAACUGAAUCAGCCAGCUACAUCUUACUUGAAAGCUACACAUCCAGAGCUGAUCAAACAGAUUAUUAAGAGGCAUUCAAAUCAUCUGCAGUAUGUCAGCUUCAAGGUGGACAGCAGCAAAGAAUCCGCUGAAGCAGCUUGUGAUAUAUUAUCGCAGCUUGUGAAUUGCUCUUUAAAAACGCUUGGACUUAUUUCAACUGCUCGGCCAAGCUUUAUGGAUCUACCAAAGUCUCACUUUAUCUCUGCACUGACAGUUGUGUUUGUAAACUCCAAAUCCCUGUCCUCACUUAAGAUAGACGACACCCCAGUAGAUGACCCAUCCCUUAAAGUCCUAGUGGCCAACAACAGUGACACACUCAAGCUGCUGAAAAUGAGCAGCUGUCCUCAUGUCUCUCCAGCAGGGAUUCUGUGUGUGGCUGAUCAGUGUCAUGGCUUACGGGAGCUGGCCCUGAACUACCAUUUGCUCAGUGAUGAGCUGUUGCUCGCACUGUCUUCUGAAAAGCACGUUCGCUUAGAACAUUUGCGCAUUGAUGUUGUCAGUGAGAACCCGGGACAGACACACUUCCACACGAUCCAGAAGAGCAGCUGGGACGCCUUCAUCAAGCACUCACCGAAGGUCAACCUAGUGAUGUAUUUUUUCCUGUACGAAGAGGAGUUUGACCCGUUCUUCCGUUAUGAAAUCCCUGCCACUCAUCUUUACUUUGGGAGAUCAGUCAGCAAAGAUGUGCUUGGCCGCGUGGGCAUGACCUGCCCCAGACUAGUAGAACUGGUAGUGUGUGCCAAUGGCUUGCGGCCCCUUGAUGAAGAGUUGAUUCGCAUUGCAGAACGUUGCAAAAAUCUGUCAGCUAUUGGGCUGGGGGAGUGUGAGGUCUCAUGUAGUGCCUUUGUCGAGUUUGUAAAGAUGUGUGGGGGCCGCCUGUCUCAGUUAUCCAUUAUGGAAGAAGUGUUAAUUCCUGACCAGAAGUAUAGUUUGGAACAGAUUCAUUGGGAAGUGUCCAAGCAUCUUGGCAGGGUGUGGUUUCCAGACAUGAUGCCUACGUGGUAAGGGACUGCAUGACAGGGGGCGUGGUGAGUGAGUAGCACCUUCCUUUUAAGAAAACGCAUCCUAAUAAACGUUUAUCUGCUCGAGAGCUGUAAUUCUGUUUUGUGGCAUAGAAAUUUGGCAUCUUUGGUGAGCUUGUGUAAUGAAGGGCGUUUGUCGGAAGACCUACAGUUUGGGUCAGAUAACUCCUUUUUUUUUUUUUUUUUUGCAGCCUAAUAGCAAUCAAAUGUUUAAAAAUUAAAAAUGUUGUUCCAUAUUUGAAAGUAAUAUCCAAUUAUGAAAAUUAAGUAAUUCAUAGUCUGAAGGAAACAACCUGAGUGUUGUAAUAUCUCAGAAGUGUACUAAUAGGUUUUCUGAAAUGUUCUCUAUGCAUUUUUUUAAAAAAAAUGUAAACUUGACAUUUUAGGGUCUUCAGUUCUAAAUACACCUGUUAUAAGGUGUUUAAUACAGCUCAGGAAAGUGAGCAUUCUGUGAGAGACAUGUAUGACAGCGCUCAGAAGACACUGGGUGAAUGUUUUCAAACAUAAUGAAGCUGUUUUAAAAAUAAAGAUAUAAAUAUCAAAGAACUUAGAACACUGAUAAAUGUUGCCGUGGUUAUUAAGGAGGGCACACAGAGAGAGCCGGGAUCAAAUCUAGAGGAAUCUGUGGAGUAGGAGAGAGCUAGCACUUAGCUUUGUAUAAACUUUAGGUCCCUGUGUAAAAUGCUAAACCACAUGCACUCUUUGUUCUGUCACUAAUGUCCUUGGUGCCUGAGGCUUUGUAUGUAAAGGAAUGCUUUACUCUCUCUAAAUCUUUAUUUAAACUAGUCUUAAACUAUUACACAACAAUUUAAAUGAAAAUUUUACUUAAAAACCCAACUGAAAUAAUUAAAAGUAGAACUUUAUAAAUUGUUUCAGAACAGUUUGAUGAAAGAAUAUUAGUCUCAGUGAACCGUAGUGAUGGCUCAUGCUUUCAAGUUUGGAGUGACAUAGCUACAAUAAAUACAGCUUUAAAAAUGAAAGAGUAUCUGUACAGCUCAGAAACACUAAAUUAAAAAAAAUAUAUUUCAUUAUAACUCGAGUAAAUACUACUCAGUGAACUGGAACAUUUUAAUAGGAAAAUACAGUUUUGUGAUUGUCAAUUUGGUUGAAACUGGUAUUUUAUAUUUAAGUUAUGUAGCUUUUCCUAUUACUUUCAUACAAAUAAAGGUAGAUUCUAGACUCUAUAUAGUAUAAAGAUACUAAGGUUUGGGGGUCUUUGUUCUGUUUUGUUUUUUUAGGUACUGUAUGAGCUUGGGUUCUGGGCACUAGUGCUAACAGACGCCUGCUCUGAGAGAAGUUAGAAGUGGUUCACCCCAGCAGCAUGUUUCAGUGGGGCUUUUAUAAAGCCUGAGGCUAUGGAAGCUAACAGUCCUAAAGACAGAUGACCUAACUAAGAACAAAAGAGAGUGUGGCUUUCUACACAGCUUAAACUUCAGAAGUGAUGGCGUUCUUUCAGGCACGGCAGUUGAGAAGGAAAAGACCGGCCCAGAGUUCCACGUCAAAGGCAACUCUGAGAACAUUUUACCCUUACUGAAUAGUAGGGAGCUCUGGCUGUAUAGGAAAUACUUGUGCUAGUUGGUUAGGUUCUGGGUUAUUUUUUUUAACUUUUCUGAACAACAUUGAAAAAUGGAUUUGAUGGUAUAUAGUCAGUUUUACUAACCAAAGCUUUAUUUGAAAACUUAACUUUUUGUACAAAUUGAAUUACAUGCUUGAAUACUUUAAGUCACUUUAUAAGCAAAAUGCAUAGCAUUUAAUUUGUUUAUACUGUAAAAUAUAUGUUAAAUGGUUUUAUCAAUUUGAGAAUAAAGAUAGUUACUACUGC